CAGGCUGCGUGCUGAUGGCCUGACAAAUCAACCUUCCCUAGCCCUCAGCCCUCCAUAUAUGAGCUGUGUAUCAAAUGCGUAGAUGUAUCGACCAUACCUUUUUUUUGAUGGACCUUGCCAAUAUCAACUUUCCCUACCUUCUUUAUUUUUGGUUUCAGUAGAUGGAUUCUUUAUCAAAACCAUACCUUCUUUAUUGGUUCUAACUGUUUAUGGUAUUAAGAUUAAUGAUUUCUAAAAAAUAAACUCAGAACUUAAUCAAUUGAGUUAUACUUCUUAUGAUACAUGGUAUUUGCCUCGCCUAUGUUGGACGAGGUUUGCUUUUUUGCAUUUUUUCCCACAUUUGAAUCGGCCAAGCUACAAGGAUAAAGUAGAAUAUUCAAGAGACUUGGCCUAUGAUUCUACUAAUUAUUAAUAAUAUAGUAAUAAUUCUGCUUCAAAUGCAUAUAAUUUCGGAGGCCUUUUCCACAUUGUGCUUAAUUUUCUAUAUAUUUUGGUUCAGUAAAUGGCCAGAAAAAAAAUACACUUGAGUGAUUUGGCUCUACUUGGACGCCGGACUCAUAGUAAAAGGUGCCUUGCGUGGUGAAUUAUAGCCAAUAUAUUCAUUUAAAAUUAGAUAUGCAAACAAUGCAUGCUGUGGACAAAAACAUUUACUCCUUUUCAAGGCUAAAAGGACACUCAAGUCACUAAAAUAAUUAAUAUAUUUUUUAACACAUAUAUCAUCGUAUAAACCACCAAAUAACUUUUAUCUAGAAUCAAACAAAAUCUUUUACUCCAGAUAGAAUCAAAGACCAUAUAAAUCCACUCUACGUAGAACGCAAGGAGCGUUUUCUCUUGAUUAGUUCAAACCACCAUUUCGGAGAAGAAUAUUGACUUGUCACUGGCUAGUAUAUACUGUUAUGGAAGAGGUGGAAGAGAUCGGGAAAGAGAGGAAAUGGCUGAUAACAUGGGGUGGAUUUGUGGAGGAGCUCAAGGAGGUGAGCUACAUAGCUGCACCAAUGGUGGCUGUUACGGUGUUGCAGUAUCUACUACAAGUUGUGUCUGUAAUAAUCGUAGGACACCUUGGUCAGCUCGCCCUCUCUGGUGUUGCCCUAGCCACCUCCAUCAACAAUGUUACUGGAUUUAGCCUACUUUCAGGAAUGGCAGGUGGACUGGAAACUCUAGCUGGCCAAGCAUAUGGAGCUAAACAAUAUCAAAAGCUUGGAACCUAUACUUACAGUGCAAUCAUCUCUCUAAUAAUCAUGUGCCCUCCAAUUUGUGUCCUGUGGAUCUUCAUGGGCAAACUACUACCUCUACUAGGCCAAGACACUUCAAUCUCACAAGAGGCCUGCAAGUACUCAAUGUAUCUAAUCCCUGCAUUAUUUGGGGGUGCAGUUCUUAAGCCUUUGACUAGAUAUCUUCAGACACAAAGUGUGAUUCUACCAAUGCUCAUAACCUCAUCUUGCAUCCUAUGUUUUCACACCAUUUCAUGCUGGAUUCUUGUGUACAAACUGCAAUUAGGACAAAAGGGUGCAGCUAUAGCCUUCAGUUUAUCAACUUGGUUGAAUGUGAUAUUGCUAUGCCUGUAUGUAAAGUACUCCUCAGCAUGUGAAAAAACUAGAGCUCCAUUGUCAAGAGAAGCACUUUAUGGUAUCAGAGAAUUCUUUCAGCUCGGUGUCCCUUCUGCUAUUAUGGUUUGUCUUAAAUGGUGGUCAUUGGAGUUGCUGAUUUUGCUUUCUGGUCUUUUCAAAAAUCCAAAACUGGAGACUUCAGUGCUUUCUAUAUGCCUCACAAUCUCUACAUUGCACUUCACCAUACCAUAUGGAUUUGGAGCUGCUGCAAGCACACGAGUUUCGAAUGAACUAGGAGCUGGGAAUCCUCAAUUAGCUAGGAUGGCAGUUCUGGUUGCCUUGUUUCUUGCUGGCAUAGAGUCAGUCAUUGUGAGCUCAGGACUCUUCCUUUCCCGGCAAGUUUUGGGAUAUGCUUACAGCAACGACAGGCAGGUUGUGCGUUAUAUUUCAGUCAUGACUCCUCUGAUUUGUCUCUCAUUUAUCACGGACAGCUUACAAGCUGUCCUUUCUGGUGUGGCUAGAGGAUGUGGAUGGCAGAAAAUAGGGGCAUAUAUCAAUCUUGGUUCAUUUUAUCUGGUUGGACUUCCAUUGGCUGCUGUGCUUGGUUUUGUAGCUCAUUUAAGAGGAAAAGGCCUUUGGAUUGGAAUAUUAGUUGGGUCAUUUGUGCAAUCAGUUCUUCUUUCUAUCGUUACUGCUUGUACAGAUUGGAACAAACAGGUCCUUGGUCCAAUCUCUUUUUUCUUUCCUUCAACUUCUCUCCCUUGUAUAUGUUUUCAUGUGCUGUUCUAUUAUAGGCUCCAUCAAGUGCAAUGACAAAUUGAUGACCUUGUGGCAUACAGGUAACAAAGGCAAGGGAAAGGGUAUUAGAGAGAAGAUCUUCAAUGAAGGAUGAGGAAAAAUAGAUUAUAAGAAUGUAUAUUUUGUUUAGAAAUGUUCGUAGCAUGAUCCUUUGAUAGUAUGAAAUUGCACUUGGUUCAUUGCCUUGUUCUUGUUGUGCUUGUGAGCCAAAGUGGCAGGGGACUGCUAUAACAUUUUAAAAACAUCGUAAA